AUGGCACCCCGUCAAGUAAAGACAAACUCUGAGUUCGUGGUGUUUGAUACUCCAUCGCCUUAUGACAACGUCAUGGGGAAACCAUUGAUAUUCAUUUUGAAAGAAGCAGUGACACUAUACCACUAUUCAAUUAAAUUUCUCACUCCCCAUGGUGUGGGCGAAGUCAAAGGAAACAUGGAGCUCACUGAUACAUGUCAAUUGAAAGCCUACAGCUGCCAUCUACGUACCCUCCUGGGAGUGCAUAUGGUUCAUGUAUCGGAUUUCGAACUCAAUUCAAUAGACACGUGGAUCAAAAUCGAAGGGGGAGAACCCGUCGAAGAGUUGGAAAGAGUCCAAGUUUGUGCCGACAACCCAUCAAAAGAACUGAAAGUCGGACGCAAGCUGCAACCCUCCACCCGAAGUGAAAUUGUUGCUUUUCUUAGACAGAACCUUGAUGUCUUUGCUUGGGACCAUGGGGACAUGAGAAGAAUAGACCCUGAAAUUGCCUACCACAAAUUGGAGAAACUGUUGUACAACGGUUUCCUUCGAGAAGCAAAAUAUCCAAAGUGGGUCGCAAACUUGGUUCUUGUAAAAAAACACAAUGGAGAUCGGAGGGUAUGCAUAGACUUCACCGACCUCAACAAAGCAUGCCCCAAAGACAGUUUUCUCCUAUCGAGAAUAGAUCAAAUGGUGGACGCCACUGCAGAACACGAACUACUUAGCUUCAUGGAUGCAUACUCCGGCUACAAUCGCUACCAAUGUAUGGCCCAGAUUAGGAACAUACUUCGUUUAUGA